AGAGAACACACAAAAUCUGGGAGUUUAUCAAACAGGUUGGGGGAAAAAACAAAACAGCUUUACAGCAGGAGAUCAGCGGACCUGAGCAUCAUCCAGUGAGGCCGGACAGGCAGGUAUAAAGAUGCAGGAUGUGGAUCAGGACCCGUUUAUCUGUCCUUUCUUGGGAGAUCUACCAGAUGAUUUAUCUGAAUUCUUGAAUGAUGAAUACCUGGGGAAGUUUUUGGUUCCUGACCUAGACACAGAUGUGCUCUUUGAUGAUCCAUGUUUGAAUUGUGAUGACGAACUCAGCACCUGCAGUGCUCUACCCAUGCCAACAGAGCUGUUCGGCCCAGACAGCCACCAGCAGGAACAGGAGGACAAAAAAACAGGCAAAACAAAUAACAGGAGAAAAAGACCCAGAGUUGCACGGUCACAACAUUGCACUGAUGAGAACACACCGUCACGGCCAAAAAGACAAAGAGCAGCAGGUCGAACAAAAACCAAAGUUGCACACUCUGAGCCAUCUGUCACUCAAGGAACUGACUCAGGGUCAGAGCCGAGUGCAGCAGAGAAGGUAGGCGUCUCCACCUCUCCACCAAGAAUCCUUCAUCUCCAUCCCUCCAUUCAGUUUGUCACCAUCCCAGAAACUCAACAAUAUAAGGUUGUUCACACACUGAGGCUCUCUCAUCCGGUUAUCGGAGUCCCACUCCCCAAUACAGCUGCUUCACCUACUUUCAUAUUAGUUCCCGCUGACUCGCCAUCCUUCCAACGGCGAGUGCCACCGCUCUCCCCAAUGGACGGAGCAGUAGCGCCAGUCCAAAUGAGUUCACCCCCACCUGGAUCUCUGUCAGACACCGCUAGCAAAGCCAUGUCUCCCAGUUGCGUCUCACCCCUCUCCCCCAACAAAGAGAUGUCUCCAUGUAAGGAAUCACCGCUUCCUCAGUCUCCCACUGUCGUCGAAAUUCCACAUGUUGUACAAGACUACAUUCAGGAAGCAAAAGCAUACAUGAGUCACACCUGCCAGGAUAUGGAGGCAGGCCUUAGUUUGACUUCUCAUUACGUAGAUGUGAAAGUGAGCCAGAGAGAGAUUCUUCGCUCUGGAAAAAACACCAACAAAGUCCUGGACAAGGAACUAGUCAUUACGGGGGAUACAGAUCGGCAAAACAGCUUGUUGGGGCUCAGUCAGAUAUUCGAGGGCUCAAAUGGAGACAAACCAAAAAGCUACAUAUUGCUACUCGGCAACGCUGGCAUGGGAAAAACCACCCUGAUCAGAAAACUGUGUCUUGACUGGUCCAGAAACUGCCUCCCACAGUUCGACUUUGUCUUCUUUUUAGACGGCAAAACCCUCUCUUUAUCAGAGGCGACCUAUAGCCUUCAGACCCUUCUAUUAAACUUCUCCUCUUUUGCUCCUUCCUGCAUGGACCCAGAGGCAGUUUAUGCUCAAAUUCUCGCAGCCCCUAAGCGUGUGCUCAUCAUUUUUGAUGGGUUUGACGGGUUGCGGGACUAUGAAAUUCUGCUCCAGACUCAAGAAAAGGACUUGAUAACGUCAUUGCACAAAGACAGUAAAGCACAAACCUACACAGUAAGACAGUUAUAUUCUGCCAUCCUUCAGCGGUUCCUCCUUCCAGGCUGCACUCUUCUGCUCUCCACUCGACCAAGAGGCACUGCCAUUCAGCUACUCAAGCGGACGGACAGUCUAUUGGAGGUGUGUGGAUUCACCCCUACACAAGUAGAGACAUAUUUGUCCCAGUACUUCACUGAUCCUGACCUCAGAGCACCUGCUUUGAACUGUUUAAAAAACUGCAGCUAUCUACAACUCCUCUGUUGGAACCCUGGACUAUGUCAGUUGGUCUGCUUGGUUUUAGAACAGUGCAAAAGUUUGGAGGACCUACCGAGAACUUUAACAGGGCUCUGUCAUCAAGUGCUUCGCCUGGAACUGGAAAAGGAGAGUAGGAGCACACACUCCGAGGCGGAAACUCAAUCAGAAGAAUCUGUGCAAUCAGUAGCAAAACCGCAUUCAAGUUCUCAAGGGAAUAGGCGUCGCAAAAACACUCAGACAAAGGCCAGAGCUCUGGUUCGCACUCGCUCUCAUAUGCAAAUCGAUAAAGAGGACGAUGACUUUAUUAGGGAGGGGAUGAAGAGUGUUGGCGGGGAAGUACAUAGAACAGAUGGAGAGCUGUUGUCCCAGCUGAGUUCUCUGGCCUGGAAGGGCAUCAAAGCAAACUCCUCAAUCCUCCCCACUGGACGGACCAUAUCUGCCAAACUCCAGGCGUUCGGACAAAGGACGGGGCUUUUCUUCUUUUACAGCCUGAGGACCAGGCAGGUCGUCUCAGGGGAGGAGAGAGAGGGAGUAGAAAGAGAGGACAGAGAAGAAGUGGGAACACGAAAGAAUGGAGAAAAGUUGGAAAAGGGCGGGACGUCUGCGGAAAGCACUGAUACAAGUGAUGACCUUAUCUUGUUGUGGGCCAACCCUUUCCUUCAGAGUUACCUGGCAGCGGUUCAUCUGUCUCUGUCAAGGACCGUAACAGACCGGGCCUUCAUCCAGACCCUCCCUUUCCAAUCUUGCCAGAAGGGACGUCGGCGGCCUCAGAGGGAGGAGCUCGAGCUCACUCAGCGAUUUGCUGUCGGGCUCCUGUUCCAUGACAGGAGAGAGCUGCAGAGGCUUCACUCAUACACAGAGACAUCCUUCAGAGAGAUGGUGGCCGCCAAGCAGGCUUUAGUAACAAAACACAUUGAGGGUCUUUCCGAUGGUGACCUGAGCCCUGCCCAGGUCCUGGAGGCUUGUCACUAUGUUUAUGAGGCGAGUUCCACGCAUGGCCUUGGCAGCAGAGACAGUGGCAGCACGCGAUUAGUCGCUCACUUGGCAGAAGUUCUUCCAAAAGACCUGACAUUUCAUGGAGUUCCACUCAGACCGUCGGACGUGUUCGCUGUGCAGAACGUUCUCGAAAGGGGUGGAACUAAAGGAAAGAGGUUCUGUUUGGAUCUGGAGGAUUCUGGGAUACAGAUUGCAGGACUCAGAGCUCUGGUGGGGCUCAACAACAUCAACACAUAUAGGGCAUGCAUUGCUGAUGUAAUCACCUUAUGGGAGCAGCUUGAGCGGAGUGGCGAAGAAGUGCUCCUACAAGAGACGGUGUCCAAAUUCAAGAUCAAUCCUCUGAAGGCCACACAGGUGUGUCACAUAGAGCACCUGGCAAAGCUGGUGAACAUUCAUACGCACAAGAGGCUGUCGGACAGUUCCAGCCAAUCAGAUUCCAUCCUGGCAGAGGGAGUACCAGCUGUCAAAGAGCUGCACCAGCUGGAGUUCGAGCUUGGUCCAGAAAAAGGUCCCCUGGCUCUUCCCAAGCUUUGGGAGCUCCUGCCAGGUCUACAUAACCUACAGCACUUAGAUCUAGAGAACAGCAAGAUAGGGGACCAAGGAGCAGAGAAAUUGGCCGAUGCUUUGGUCUCACUUGGUUCCCUGGAGAAACUCAAUCUCUCACAGAAUUGUAUAGGAGACCAGGGGGUUAAGAAACUAGCAACCACGCUGAGGGAACUGCCCAAACUGCACAGUUUAAGUCUCUACAGUAACGAGAUUUCUGAUGAAGGGGCGGAGAGUUUAGCAGCUGUCCUUCCGCAUGUGGCUUCGCUCACUGACUUGGACGUAAAGUAUAAUAAGCUAACAGACGUUGGAGCACGGAGCUUGGGAGCCAGUCUGAGUAACUGUAAAAAAAUGAAGACACUGAGGAUGUGGAACCAGUGUAUUCCAUACGGAGUGCUUGAGAGGCUUCAGCAGCAGGACCACCGGAUCCUUUGGCAGUAGAACGAUAUGAAACCUGGACGUGGACUUCUUAUCGUGCAUCUCAUGCAUACAUGUUUACACUACACAAAACUUUUUCUAAAGCAUGUAUGCUUAAGAAACAGUAACUGGAACAAAUAAAGAUAAUAAGAGAGAGAGAGAACACACUAAAACAAAAAUGGUCAAAUUCUCUGCUGCUUUAUUCAUGAGUUCAUUUUGACAGAUUCAGUCAAAGAUUCCACUUAGUGCUACGAGGGAAUAAUUCAGCAUUACACAGUACUGCUUGUGUGUACCGUAAUGCUUGGUAGAAAUUCAAGAAGCACAUUUGCACUGUAAUACUUGUCUGUAUGCAAUUAUAGAUCGGUUUUCUGUCUUAGAGGCAUACUAUUUGAUGUGUGACAUUAACAGUAUUUUUAUUUGCACUCCUAUGGCUGUAAAUGAGACAUCGCUUAACAAUCACAUGGUACUUUAAUAUAAAUAAAAUGUUUCAUGUUG